UAGAGUAGUGUUUUUGUUAUUAGUUUGGCAUUAGCGUUUGUUCGGUGUUUCCUGCUCUGUUCUGUGUUGUAGGGUUUAGUUUGUUUGCUUUUCAACUUCAAUUCCAAAUCAAACAACUCUCGGAGCUAGAGCUUAAACAGGAAAGAAUUUUGGUGAAUAUACUAUUUUGUUCACCAAAUUGAUAUAAGAAAAGUCCCAAUUUAUAAUAUCUUUCAUGUAGUUUUCAAAUAUAUAAAUUUUAAUUUUAAAAUAUUGAGUUAAUCUAAUCCAGUUUAGCUUCAAAGUUUAGUCAAAUUGACUCUCGAAAAGCGAAAAGUGUCACAUAAAUUGGGAUGGAGGGAGUAGUUGUGUUUGUACGUGAAACUGAUAACUGGUAGUUGCAUGGCAAUUUGUUUAUCAGGAUGUUGAAGAAAUACGGUAAAAUUUGUGCAUUGUGCUUAUUACUGGUUUUGCAAGUACACUUGUAUUAGUUGUGUGUGUAUAUGAAACUGAUAAUUGGUAGUAGCACCGUAAUUUGUUUAUCAGGAUGUUGGAGAAAUACGGUAAAAUUUGUGCAUUUGCUUAUUACUGGUAAAUUUUUGUAUAUGUUGUGCAAGUACACUUGUAUUAGUUCUGUGUUUAUAUGAAACUGAUAAUUGGUAUUAGCGUGGUAAUUUUUUACCUUAUCCUGAUUUUGGAGCAAAAUUGUAGUAGUUGUUUAUCUCUUGAGCUCAAGAAAGCUGCUGCUAUUUUCUCAUGAAUCUAACUGAAGUGUGAUCAUGCCAUGAGUGCAUUCCAGUUAAGGUAUAAGUCUGAGUUAAACAUUGUUAGACACUUAUUAAGUGUAGACAAAUAAUAUAUCAUCGAUGAUAUCUUCGAUAUAAUAUAGCGCACAAUAUUGUAAAAGAUUGUGAGGACUGAAUUCUACGUUUGUUAAAGCAUGUCGACAUAGAAAUGACUACCAAGUGAAAUGAUGCAUCUUGGUAAGCGUAAAGCUUAUUAGACCUGCGGUCCAGACAUCAGAAGAUAUGUGUCUUGUCUUAUUAUGAAACGUAACUUUAAGCAUCUGGAAUUUGAAUUUGAGUCUUCAGCAAUUAAAUGACGUCUUGUAAUAAGUUGCAAUGACCAGUCUAAAAGUGUGGGAUGUUACCAGUGAAAUUCAUGUGCUAUAGGUUGAUUUUAACUGUUUGAUAGUAAUAAUUAUAACUGGAUUUCAGAUUUCUGACAAAAAGAGUUUAAACAAUGACAUAUAUUUGAUAUGUUAUCUGUACUAUUAUUGUAUGUCUUAAUUUUGAGCUUUUUCAUCUGGUUGGUAGAUGCCUUAGGAAGUGCAUAUCUCACUUCCUUUCUGCUGACUGGAGGAUGGAAUCUCGAUAAUGUUUUACUGUCAUUAGAAGCAUACGUGAAAGCAGAGAAAAUUGAUGCAAUGAAGUCACACCCCCACCUACAAUAAAACAGUGCCAUUGGUAAGAGUAAUGAUGAGAAGAGUAAGGGAAAGAUUAAAGAAACAAGCUUGCUGUCUUCCCUGGUUCAGUCACUUGCUAUUAUUGAUUGUAAGGCUUUACAUUCAUCUUAGAUGUUUAACUGCGAACAUUGAGGUAUAUGAUUAACCUAUUUAUCUAUUAGUUGAGGUAAUGUGCUUUCUCGCAGUGAAUUCUUCAUUUAACAAAGCAACCAUGGAUCUCUUACCUGAAGGCCUUAACGAAGGGAUUACAGUUAUAGGAACAGUCGGUGCUUUAAGUUUGAGACCAAAGCUCCAGCAAACUAUGUGCUGUGUAAUCCAUUGAGGUACUGUAAGGGAGGGCUUGCAACAGCAUCAGCCAUGGUGCUCAAGACCGAACUUUGUCGUUUCUACCCUGGGAGAGGCAUCAGAUUUAUUCGUUCAGAUUCUCAAGUGUUCCUAUUUGUCAACUCAAAAUGCAAACACUGCUUCCACAACAAGCUGAAGCCAUCCAAACUUACCUAUACAUCUAUGCAGAAGAAGGAUAUUGCACUAGAAGCUGUUAAGAAGAGGCAAUGUGCCACCAAGAAGCCUUACUCUAUGUCCAUUGUGGGUGCAACCUUGGAGGUUAUCCAGAAGAAAAGAACUGAAAGGCCAGAAUUUCGAGAUGCCGCUCUUCAUGAAAUUAAGGAAAGGAUAAAGAAGACAAAGGAUGAGAAGAAGUCUAAGAAGGCAGAGGUGAUGGCCAUGUACCAGAAAGCUAGGGGAAAGGACAAUGUGUCCAAAGGAGUUGCACAAAAAGGUCAUAAAGUUGGUGGCGGCGGAGGAAAACAUUAA